AUGCGCAUGGAGGAAGAUCAAGUGAACUCGGGUGCCGGUGGCUCGAUCCCGGCAAUGAACGUUGGCGGGGAGGGAAACACUUCUUCCCAGCUUGGCACGGACCCUCCCUCGAUGGACCAGGAGGACAUCAACACUGUCAUCGGGGAGGUCGCCAAGGACGCUGAAGCCGAGGCCACCAAGAUCGCGGCUGAGGAAGCCGCCAAGUCCGCCGCCGAGGAAGCCGCCAAGGGGCCUGCCGGGGGGCCGGCGAGACCGCUUCCGGGGGGCGGCAAGGGGUCUGCCGGGGAGCCCGACAAGGGGCCCGCCGGGGAGCCCGCCCCUGCCCCGGGCAAGUACUUGAAGGUUGGUGAUGAUCUGUUCGUCCACCUCCCGGGGACGGCGGGCACCAGGGCGCCAGCCGAAGGGGAGGUGUUUGAUGAUGAGGCGCUUGCCACCGCCGGGCUCCAGGUUGUUGAUUAA